AUGCUUAGAGCUAUCAAAAACCCCCGAGCCGUUCUCAAGUCUCGUCACUUCUCCACCUCCCCGGUGGUGGCCAAGGUCUUCGCCAACGGCCCCGUCAAGGCCCAGGAGGCCCCCUCCCACGUGGCGUCCAAGUACGCCGUCGUCGACCACGAGUACGAUUGUGUUGUUGUUGGAGCCGGUGGAGCCGGUCUCCGAGCCGCCUUCGGUCUGGCCGAGGCUGGCUUCAACACCGCUUGUAUCUCCAAGCUGUUCCCCACCCGAUCCCACACCGUCGCUGCGCAGGGAGGUAUCAACGCCGCUCUCGGAAACAUGCACCCCGAUAACUGGAAGUGGCACAUGUAUGACACCGUCAAGGGUUCCGAUUGGCUCGGAGACCAGGACGCCAUCCACUACAUGACCAAGGAGGCCCCCAAGUCCAUUAUCGAGCUGGAACACUACGGUGUUCCCUUCUCUCGAAACGACGAGGGCCGAAUCUACCAGCGAGCCUUCGGUGGUCAGUCCAAGGACUACGGUAAGGGAGGCCAGGCCUACCGAACCUGUGCCGUUGCCGACCGAACCGGCCACGCCAUGCUGCACUCUCUUUACGGACAGUCUCUCCGACACAACACUCACUUCUUUAUUGAGUACUUCGCCAUGGACCUGCUCAUGGAGGACGGCGCCUGUGUCGGUGUCGUUGCCUACAACCAGGAGGACGGAACCCUGCAUCGAUUCCGAGCCCACAAGACCGUUCUGGCCACCGGUGGUUACGGACGAGCCUACUUCUCCUGUACCUCUGCCCACACCUGUACUGGUGACGGUAUGGCCAUGGUCACCCGAGCCGGCCUUCCCCUCCAGGAUCUGGAGUUUGUCCAGUUCCACCCUACCGGUAUCUAUGGCUCCGGCUGUCUGAUUACUGAGGGAUCCCGAGGUGAGGGAGGAUACCUGCUCAACAAGAACGGUGAGCGAUUCAUGGAGCGAUACGCUCCCACCGCCAAGGAUCUGGCCUCCCGAGAUGUCGUGUCUCGAUCCAUGACCCUGGAGAUCCGAGAGGGCCGAGGUGUUGGCCAGCACGGCGACCACAUCUUCCUCCAGCUGUCGCAUCUGCCCGCCUCCGUGCUCCACGAGCGACUCCCCGGUAUUUCCGAGACCGCCGCCAUUUUCGCUGGUGUUGACGUUACCAAGGAGCCCAUCCCCGUUCUCCCCACCGUUCACUACAACAUGGGUGGUAUCCCCACGCGAUACACCGGUGAGGUCCUUACUCAGGAUGAGAACGGUCAGGACAAGGUUGUCGAGGGUCUGUUCGCCUGUGGUGAGGCCGCCUGUGUCUCCGUCCACGGUGCCAACCGACUUGGAGCCAACUCCCUGCUCGAUCUGGUUGUCUUCGGCCGAGCCGUUGCCCACCGAAUCACCGAGACUCUUACCCCCGGUGCUCCUCUUCCCCCUGUCUCUGCUGACAUUGGUUACGAGUCCAUUGCUAACCUUGACAAGAUGCGAAACGCCGACGGUCCUCUGUCCACCGCUACCAUUCGAGACAAGAUGCAGCGAACCAUGCAGAUGGAUGUCUCCGUUUUCCGAACCCAGGAGUCUCUUGAGGAUGGUGUCCGAGGUAUCACUGCUGUUGACCGACUCAUUGACCAGGUUGGUGUCACCGACCGAUCCAUGAUCUGGAACACUGAUCUUACCGAGACCCUCGAGCUGCAGAACCUGCUCACCUGCGCCAUGCAGACCGCCUACUCUGCCGUCGCCCGAAAGGAGUCUCGAGGUGCCCAUGCCCGAGAGGAUUACCCCGACCGAGACGAUGUCAACUGGAUGAAGCAUACCCUCUCCUGGCAGGAUAAGCCCGGUGACGAGAUCAAGCUCGGCUACCGAGCCGUCCAGAUGCACACCCUCGAUGAGUCUGAGUGUCCUACCGUCCCUCCCGCCAAGCGAGUCUACUAA